AUCCUGUCCUUCAUAGAUAUCUGCUAUGUGACCUCUACAGCUCCCAAGAUGCUCUCCACCUUUUUCCAAGAGCAGCAGACUAUCACCUUUGUGGGUUGUGUUGUUCAGUACUUUGUCUUUUCAACCAUGGGACUGAGUGAGUCUUGUCUCCUGACAGCCAUGGCUUAUGACCGAUACACUGCCAUUUGUAAUCCACUUCUCUAUUCAGCAAUCAUGUCACCCACCCUCUGUAUUCGGAUGGUGCUGGGAUCCUAUUUGGCUGGACUCUCUGCUUCUAUAUCCCAAUUGUGUACCAUGUUUCAGCUCCACUUCUGUGGGCCUAUUGUCAUCAAGCACUUCUUCUGUGACAUGCCUCAACUGUUAAAUCUGUCCUGCACUGACACUUUCUUUGUACAGCUGUUGAUUGCUAUAUUAACAAUGCUCUUUGGGAUAGUAAAUGCCCUCAUUAUCGUGAUAUCCUACGUCUAUAUUGUCAUGUCCGUCAUGAAGAUCACUUCAGCUAAAGGCAGGUCCAAGGCUUUCAACACCUGUGCUUCUCAUUUGACAGCGGUUUCCCUCUUCUAUACCUCAACUGUCUAUGUCUAUUUGAGUUCCAGCUCUGGUGGUUCCUCUAGCCUUGACAGAUUUGCAUCAGUUUUCUACACUGUGGUUGUUCCCAUGUUGAAUCCGUUGAUUUACAGUCUGAGGAACAAGGAAAUCAAAGAUGCCUUGAGGAAGUUACAAAAGAAGAGAUGGUCUUUCUGA